CAAAGCCAGCCUGCCAGGCUCAGUCUCACAAGCGCGCCCGCGCGCCGCCACUGUUUGUACACAGUGCGCUUUUGGCCUCAGGCUCGCUCCCCUCCAGCUCACGCUUCAUUGUUCUCUAAGUCAGAAGCCCCGCAGCCGCGGCGGCAGCGGCAGCAGCGUGAGCCGGAGUCACUGCUGGCUGCUUCGCCCGCGGUGCGCUCACGGAAGUCGGGGAGCUAGGAACCCGGGGAGCCCGAGCUCCGCCCGCUGCGCCUCGGCCAGGACCCACCCGCAGCGCCGGCUGAACCCCAGCAGCUCUCUGGCACAUCCUCCUCCGAGAACUCAAGCUCAGUCAAAGCUGGGGGGGACACCCUUUCUCUCCGGGCCAUCACUCUUUAUCACCCUUCCCCGAGAAUUUGUUUGGAGAAGCUCUGCGGGAAGAAGACAUCCUCUUGAAUCUCUGACAGGGGCGGGGUCAACCGCUGUCCUGCAGAGCCACCUCGCCUACAGUGCCCUCCACUACGACCCCGGACCUGCCCGGGUCACGUCUGCAAGGUGGAAUCAUGAAGCGCUUGGUAGCUGCCUGGCUUUUGGUUGGACUCAGCCUCGGUGUCCCCCAGUUCGGCAAAGGUGACAUUUGCAACCCCAAUCCAUGUGAAAAUGGUGGCAUCUGUCUGUCGGGAUUGGCUGAUGAUUCCUUUUCCUGUGAGUGUCCAGAUGGCUUCACAAAUCCCAACUGCUCGAGUGUUGUGGAGGUUGCAUCAGAUGAAGAAGAACCUCCUUCACCAGGUCCCUGCAUCCCCAACCCAUGCCAUAACGGAGGAACCUGUGAGAUCAGUGAAGCAUAUCGAGGAGACACGUUCAUAGGCUAUGUUUGUAAAUGUCCCCGUGGGUUUAAUGGGAUUCACUGUCAGCACAAUAUAAAUGAAUGUGAAGCUGAACCUUGCAGAAAUGGUGGAAUAUGUACAGACCUCGUUGCUAACUAUUCCUGUGAAUGCCCAGGGGAAUAUAUGGGAAGAAACUGCCAACAUAAAUGCUCUGGUCCAUUGGGAAUCGAAGGCGGGAUUAUAUCCAAUCAGCAGAUCACAGCCUCGUCUACCCACCGAGCUCUUUUUGGACUCCAGAAGUGGUAUCCCUACUAUGCUCGGCUUAAUAAGAAAGGACUCAUAAAUGCCUGGACAGCAGCUGAAAAUGAUAGAUGGCCGUGGAUUCAGAUAAAUUUACAAAGAAAAAUGAGAGUUACUGGUGUUAUUACCCAAGGAGCAAAAAGGAUUGGAAGCCCAGAGUACAUAAAAUCCUACAAAAUUGCCUAUAGCAACGAUGGGAAAACCUGGACAAUGUACAAAGUGAAAGGCACAAAUGAAGACAUGGUGUUCCGUGGAAAUGUUGAUAACAACACACCCUAUGCUAAUUCUUUCACACCCCCUAUGAAAGCUCAGUAUGUCAGACUCUAUCCCCAAAUUUGUCGAAGGCACUGUACAUUAAGAAUGGAGCUCCUUGGCUGUGAGCUUUCAGGCUGUUCAGAACCUUUGGGGAUGAAAUCAGGGCAUAUACAAGACUACCAGAUCACCGCCUCCAGCGUCUUCAGAACACUCAACAUGGACAUGUUCACUUGGGAACCAAGGAAAGCCCGGCUGGACAAGCAAGGCAAAGUAAAUGCAUGGACCUCCGGCCACAAUGACCAGUCACAGUGGUUGCAGGUGGAUCUUCUUGUCCCUACCAAAGUGACAGGCAUCAUCACACAAGGGGCUAAGGAUUUUGGUCAUGUGCAGUUUGUUGGUUCAUACAAGCUAGCCUACAGUAAUGAUGGGGAACACUGGACUGUGUACCAGGAUGAAAAACAGAGAAAAGAUAAGGUUUUUCAAGGCAAUUUUGACAACGACACUCACAGGAAGAAUGUCAUCGACCCUCCCAUUUAUGCACGACACAUUAGAAUCCUUCCUUGGUCCUGGUAUGGAAGGAUCACUCUGCGGUCAGAGCUUCUGGGUUGCACAGAGGAGGAAUGAAGGGCCUCCACAUCUCACAGUGCUUUUCUUUAUUUCCCUGCAAGUAUCUCCAUGCAACAAACUGUGCAAAAUCUGAUGGAAAUGGAAUGGAUUUUCUUUUUCUCAUGAAAAAGUGUUCAAAUUUGUAGUAGGCUACUAUCUUUUUAGGAGUUCUAAGCCUGCCUUUUCAAUAACUUAACUUUGUUUUUGUUUCACAACUCUCUUAAAUAACAUCACACUAUCUGUUAGCUAUUGCCUUGUUUUCUGAACUAUAUACAUUGGUCAAAGUAUAGUAAACAAAGCAAGUCUCCAUUUUACAGCAAAAGUGAAGAAACCAUCAUAAGAUGAAAGAGUUAAGAUAGAUAUUAUGGUUACUCUUCAACCAACAAUUAUAAGACGUCCAAUUUUAGCAAUAAGGCUUUUUUCUGUAAUGAAUUGGAUUAUCGUAAUUGUUUCUCUGUGCCUAACACUGUUAGUGUUUAUUACAGAGAUUUGGAGGCUAAUAUAUGGUAUGCAGUAUCAAUCAAUAUGAUGAGUCUAUUUUAUUUUCUUUACUUCUAACAAAAACUAAAUUCUUUAUGUUUAAGUUCAUAUUAUUUACAUAGGACAUAAAUAGGCAAUUAUAUUUUCUCAUUGAAUUUUCACACCUCAUUUACCUGAAAGUAUUGUAUUUAUUCACAUCCAUGGAAUAUCUAUUAAUAUACAUUGAACAUGACUGGAUAUCAGUAAAUUGUUCUUUGUUCUAUGUUUAAUAUGAGUAAAUUGACCCUGAAUUUUUAUUUUUGAAGGAAGUUCUAUGUCAUUCCCAAAGAUAUCCUUCUUUGAGAAUCCCUUAUCAUUUAGUGAAAAAGAACAACAAAAAAUACCACAGCCCUGGAAUUUAAAUCUUCAUUUCUUUGAAAUAACAGAAUCAGUCUAUGUAUAUUUAAGAUAUUAGCAAAUGUGUGUCAGCCUAGUGCUUCACAGGUUGGCCAAGUGUAUUCAACAUUGCUCUGUGGAUUUCCACAUUUCCUGUGAAAUGAAAUUUUCAAUGCUGUUUGAAAUCAGGGGUGGUUUCUCAAGAAAGCACACUGCAUAAUUAUUUGUGAGAGUAAUGUAUUUUCAAAUGACAAAGUCAUAAACCAUUUUGAAGAUGAAAAUUGAUUUCUAUUUCUUUUGCAUCAAAUGUCCUAGAAAAAAUAAGCAAUCAUCAUAAUAAUUUGUUAUUGAAAAUGGCAGCAUCAUUGACAUAUGUCUCAAAUUAAAGCUCAUGCUGCCUCCAUAAAUGUCCUCCAGACCUAAUUUAUAAGCUUUACAAGUAUUUAUCUUAUAAGGCCUAGACACAGAAAUAUUGGAGUUUUAAAUUGAAGGUCCAGGAACAGAAGAUGUGGUAUGUAUAUGAAAUACUAGAGCCCUGAAAACACUGCUAUAUUUUACUUUAUUUUUUCCUUUAAUGUGUGUGCUGCAUAAGGAAAGCCACUAUUAUUAUGUCCUGUCUAUCCAUGUGUUCACAGUAUUUUUAAAUGAUGUAAUUGUGGAGUGGUCAUCAAUCAUAGUGAAGAAUUGAAAGAGAAAGUCAGUCCAAUUGCCAUAUUAAAUGACAGCAAAUUCAUUGCACUAUGGUGACUGUUGAGCCCCAUGUUCGCUCCAUGACCACAUUCUCACUGCUUCAGGUUAGUUAAAAACCUGUUGAUUUUUCAGUAUGUAAAAUGUUGAAUAAUUCUGAACAUUUUCCCAAAACAAAAGUGCUGUGUCUUCAAUACUAUUGUCCUAGAUAAUGUUUAAAGUUAUCAAAAAGAAUGUUUAAAAUAGUAUUUUAAACUAAAAUAGCAUUACAUAGAAUUACUUAGGUUCUAAAAGUGCAACACUUACUGACUAGCUCAUGGUCCUUGUUUUUUUCAGGGAUAAGGGUACUACCAAAUUUGUAAGUGUUUUCUUUGCAGAUUCUUCAAUACUAAAUUCUAGAAAUUCCAAAUAAUAUGUGUGUUGAAAUGCCUUUUCUUGACUCCAUGUGAUACUUUGAAUUUUGUUCUAUUGACACCUACUUAAAAUUUGUUUUCCAAAGAAGUUGUUACUUGUGGUAUUUGUUACAGUUUAAAAAGUCAGUGGAAGGUUUUCUCUUGCUUGUGCACUUUCUCUCUGCUCAAUGUGCUGUUCACAACAUAGCAUGCCUAAUGGAUAUGUGUUUUCUAGCAAGAGAUGCUUACACAGAAAAUGGUGACAAGUACUGGGAAGUAGCUUUCAAGCUAAAACAUGGUGUUACUUAAUUUACAAGUAAAAUCUUACAAACACAGAAGGAUUGCCUGUCUUCACUAUGCUAUAUAAUUAUCAUGAGCUAAUUUUAUGAUUCAGGAAAUUAUGGAUCAAUUAAUUUUUUUACAUAUCCAUUUCAUGUAUAUUCCAUUGUAAUCAUCUAUGACAGACACUAAUUUCUACUUUAGGGAUGACUUUCUCUUUGUGAAUGUCUUCAUAAAGAUAGGUAUGAAUUUUGAAGACCAGGUAUUAAUGACUGUAUCUUUGCUAGUAAACGAAUUUUGAAACAUAACAUUGAAUGCUGGCAUCUGGUGUGUCUGCAAGGAAAGAAAUAACUAAGAUACACAUACUUUUGCAAACUUUCAAGCUGUGUAAUAUUCCAAUGUUGUUUUUUUCUUUGUAGAUAUACUUAAAUCAUGUAGGAUGUUGUAAAAUCAGUAUGACCCUGUCUAGUCGUCAAAUCUAAAAUAAACUUUUGAAAAUCUG